AUGGAGGCCGGACGACAGACAAUGGAGUUAGUCGGUAUCGUCCGGUGUCCGGUCGAUUCGAUAUUUUCUUACGGCAUAGGCCGACAAAUCAACCAUGAUGCCGUGAAUCGCAUGUGGAAAUAUUUCGAGAAAACGGAGCGCAGGCCCCUCGACGAACGCAACCACCUACGAGGGAUCGUCACGCCCGAGGAUUUGAGAAUUAUUCUUUCACUUCUCGGUGUUACAGAACGGGCUCUGAAGUCCACCUUGCAGCAAAAAAAAUAUCCUCUUCUCUCAGGUCAUGCCAUAGCCUGUCUCGAUGGGAAGCACAGACUGAGCGCUUUGACCCAGAAUCGGCCACUGUCAUGGUGGGUGGUAAGGUUGUACUGUGUUCAGGGUAGCUGGCGACAGUUCCCCACCCAGCUGUCCACAUCCUGGGAAAGCCAGCAAGUCCUCCAGGAUCAAGUCGAAUACACCUCGCACGAGAUACCUUAUUCGGAUGCCGAAAUUUAUCGGCUUGUCCGCAAGUACAUGAAAAGCCAGGACAAGUUGAGAGAGAAGGAGUGCCGGGCGCGUUUGACGCCUUGCAAACAUGUUAGCCUGAAAGGCUUGUUGAAAAACCUGCCGCUUGUACACGACCUCGAUGCUUUGGAACGAUUUCCAGGCGUGACUGGUGGUCUCAAGUUGGGAAACAUCCACAAGCACCUGGCCCUGCAUAUUGAUGAGGAGAUUUGCCAUUAUCUACGCCAUAUACUCUCUGUGUGGAAGGACAUCACUGGCGACAAUCCUCAGGUCAAUGCCGCUGUAGAUUUGGAGACUGUUCAAUGUCUCCAAUUUCGGGCACCGUCAACUAGCGAGAUUGAUAGGCUUGCUAUAAAACGCAUGUUUACUGACGGAACUCUCUUCCGCGGGCUGAAAGACCUGGACCUGAGAGAUUUCGUUCGAGACAAAGUGCUCUCGGUACAGGUCAUCAUUCCGAGCCUCGAGACGUUCCACGAAAAUAUGAAGUACAUUUCUUUGGGUGCCAAGUUUUUGAGGGGACACUUCAUGGUACCUCUUGAGGAUAAUAAGCAGGACACUCCGACAUUAUAUCAGAGUCUGGGGGACCACUGGUCUGAUCCAGGUACUUAUUACGUCGAAGUCGCCGACUCAAGGCUUCAGUUGGUUACAGGGAGACCCACCAAAUACGGUGCUUACAAACAUCUGUUUAUUGCUGCGUUAAGGCACUUUGCGCGGCUCACGGCAAACAGCCCUCGACAAGAUGUCAGAGGGGAGACCAUGCCUUCAUUUCCUGAAAGAUCACGCAUCCGAUACCUCGCGCAGCUCGCGCAUAGCUGCGGAUUUAAUAACACAAAGAUCGCGGACACUCUCAACAGUGCAACCGAAUACACUUUCUUGCCUGAUUAUGUUCCGCGAACAGGAAUCCCGGCUGACUGGCGUGGGGGGGUCCCGUUCACUAAGAAUUACAUAAACCUCCAAUCAGUAGCUUUCCCUCCUCAAUUGGACGGUCCUGUCAAUCGAGGACGGAAACCUAGCACGCUAUUCGUCAUGCAGGACAUUAUUGAUGCAUUUUUUGACAAAACCAACGACUUGAGCAAUCUAGGUGGUGAACAGUGUCCUGUGGUACCCACCCUGCGGCACCUGCCUGGCGAAGAUAAGAGCCUAUCCGAUAACGAAGACCUCUACUCUGCUACAGACCGGGAGGAAGGUGGGAUGCCCGAGACGGGUCGGGACGCGCCAACAGGCGCGAUAGACAAAGAGGACAAAAUUAAGCAAAAAUCCAUGGUGAACGUUCUGCGACCGAGAUCGAGCCGCAUAGUGAAAGAACGGCGAAAGAGUCGCGCAGGUGAGGACGCAGAUCAGUCAAUUCCGAUCGAUGAGGAUACGAUAUUUCGACGGAUGCGCCGUUCUCCACGUUUCUUCUCGGAAGAUCAUGGAGCGCAGCCGCAUGAAGAUGGUGACGGCCAGGAUCUGGAAGAUGGUAUUGAGCGUGACACGCAUGAGGAGCUUCGCACGCUACGAGAACCUGGGGCUGCCAGACGUGACCCACCAGCAGCUUCAACGCUCUCGUCACGCCCUGCUAGCUCGCCUGAGCUUGUACUGCGGGGUUUCUUGCCUGCAAAAGCACCUGCAGACACGUCUAUUCACAGCGGGGCUUUCAGUAAGUAUAGGACUAGUGCAGAAACCUCGCUGGCAGGCCCUAGCACAUUGCGAGAACCUCAGCUGGCAAGACCACCACAGAGGACCACAAGUUCAUAUGACGAAAGUCCGUUUGACCAAUUCGCCAGUCGCAAUCCGUUUCGUUUCACCGUCAGUAACAAUCCAUUUCGCCCUUUCACUAACAAUCCGUUUCGUCCUUCCGUCAGCAAACCAUUUGAGGAACAUGGAAUUGUGGAAGAGGCUGAUGAAACAGAUUUCUCAACAACGGGCCAUCUCUCUGAAAGGUUCCCAUCGAGAAUCAAGACUCGCACCGGCAGAUUUUCCACACCAUCUUUGUCAAAUCCUGACCCUCUGAGGCUUCUAGAGAGGUACCAGCCAAUCGGAGAACAGGGAACCAUAAUGAACCUCGAGUCCGCACAUCCGGCCACGAGCGCGGAAGCUUGGACUUCAAGGCAGAAUGUCGCAACGAACACCGCGGUGGAAGCAGAAAAAGGCGUUUUAGCGACAGAUGUGGUCGAAGGAGGGACAUCCACAAGUAUAGCCGAGGUCCUUAGCGCACACCACCACUUCACGAGAAGGAGCCCGAUGAGCCCUUCACGAAGGGACACUACGGCAGGGCUGUCACCAAAUUCUCAAAGGAGAAAGGUUGGUUCCCAUGUUCGACAACCGUCAUUUAGAUGGAAACCAGCGACAAACUCCCCCUUGCCGGCCUGGCCACCGACGAACAGGCCCGAAAGGGUUGAGAAGCCUAGGGAAAAAAGAAAACAAGGUUCCCUCCGGACUUUUCGCACUGGGUGGCCGUGGACGGGCUUAUUUUCGAGUUCUCUGACUCCAGCCGGGAUGACAAGUCCGUCAGCUCUGGCAAGUGUGGAAGACACGAGGAAGAUAGAAGGUGCUUCUGCGUCAAAGCCUGAAGGCAUGUCACAUUCCCCGAAAUUUGAACCGGUCCCGCCAAUCCGAAGGAUGAGGCCACAAAGGCGUCCUCAAAUGCGUCAACAGUACCAAGGGACGAUGAGGACUCUCGGCUUGUCCAGCAUUCUCGAGAUUCAUUACCUUCUCAGUAUUCAAGGAACUCAGAUCAUUACUCCCAACAAAGAGAUUACAAUUCUCAAUACUCAGAAGUGGGCCCACCGCCCUCGAAACGACUGCGGUUAA